AAGAAAUUUUAUUAUUAAUUAAUCUUUAAUUCCGCUGCCAAAUCAUUAGAUAAAUAAAUAAAUAAAUGAUUUCCCCCAAUUCUUUUUCUUUUUACAAUAUGAUUUCCCCCAUUUCAGGCGGACGCCAAAAGGGAUUUAAAUCCAAUUGAAGCCACUCGUCCCUCUCCUCUCCUCCAUAGACAAUCGCACUUGGCAAUAAUUUUUUCACCUUCAGCCGUAUAAUUUAAUAACUCGGCCUCGUCGUCCAAUCAUCCUUGCUCUCUCUGCCUUUUCCAUCGCUAUCUCGCUCUGCUCUCUUCUCCAAUAAAGGAGAGAAAAAUAAUUCUGGGGGGGAGAGAGAGAAGUGGAAGCAAGAAAGAGUUCGACGCAGUGGUCAAUAAGAAGAACCAGAAGAGAAGGAAGAGGUAGUGAGGCAGUGGAUUACGCAACAAAGUCGUCGCCUUUGCUCUCGCGUGUGGCGAUCGUCGUCGUGUAGUGUAAACUAAUCCCUCUCUUUCUUCUGGGCUCUCUUUGCUUUUUAUGCUGGGUUUCUGCUGCUGGACUAUUUUACGGUUCCCUCGUUCGUUGAUCGCUGCCCCACUCUCCCUUUUUCGUGUUUUCUCUAUUGGGGUUUGUUUUUCCUUCUCCUUUUUCGGAGGUGUUUUUCAGCCUGUCGGUUUCGAUGAAUGCUGGUUUCUAUUGAACUGGGGUUUGGUGUUUGCCAAAAAAAGGGUUUGUAAGAGGGUUUGUGAAUUGAGGGAGAAUCGGAAGUAUGCAGUGAAGUUUUUGCUGUUUCCAGGCCAUGUAGGAACUGGGUUCUUGCUUUGGUGUGCUGAAAUUAUAUGGUGGCAAUUUGGGAGAGAGAAAGAUUCUUCCUUCCCCAUUAUUCGUUGUACAAUAAGGCACCUGCCUCGUGUCUUUUCUGAACCACGUAAAUAGUUAAUUUUGCUUCCUGCCCGUUUUAUUGUCUCUCGUUCCCUUUCUGGUUUCAGAUCAAUUUAACUGCUCUUCCUGCCAACAGGUGCAUGUGCUUCCUUUUCCUUGCUUGCUUCGACUGUCUCAUCCUAGCUUUCUGAGUUUGCAGCUCUUGCUGAUGUAUGUGCUUUAGGUCGCUUGUGAUGAUUUUAGAAAUUAGUUUAAAGAUUUAGGAUUUGAUUCGGAGCCAAGUUAGGUGAGUUGCUUUUGCAUUGGUUCGUUUGAGGGUUUAUGGUUGGGAGUUUUGUACUAUUGUGGACAUGCUUUGCAUGAGUUGUUUACCACCUAGCAUGUAUGAUCAGUGGUUUCUGCCGGGUAACUGGGUUGAGGAUCAUAGUUGAUAAGAAACUGUAUGAAUAAAAUCACUAUUACUACUAUUUUAAUGUUACUUUCUUCUUGUUGUUUUUGUACGCUGAUAAACAAAUUAUACCCUCCUUUUCUUUUGAUUUCUAAAAGUAUGUGUAUGAGCUUUACAUAACAGUUUAUACCCUGGUAAUUUGUUAAUCUGAACAACUGCAUGUGAUUGUUCGUUCUUAUCAGCUAGUCAAUGCAAUGAAGCAGCAUUCACAUAGCUUCUAUCCUGGUAGUUCUUUAUGGAGGAUAUUUCACGUUUUAUAAUGAUUGUGGAAGAAGUGGUGUCGCUCUAAUCCAAUCUUAUUUGCCAUCUUCAUCAGGUCCCACUAUGAUUCAGCCUGUGAAUAUAAGUAAACCUGUGGGGAAUGGUGCAUACGGAAUUUUUUCUGGAUCUGAUACCCGCAAUACAGCAAGCGAUGCUGCCCUCUUCUCUAGCUCUUUACCUGUUCUACCACACGAGAAGUUGAAUUUGGAAGAGACAGAUCAUGGUGACCAGUCAGUUGAUGAUGUCUCUGCUGGUUCUGAAACACUUAAUCAAAAUGGGGAGAACGCUGAUAUACUUCAAAAUGAUGAAGCUCAUGUUGCUGGUACCCUGCUUCCUGAUGACGAGGAUGAGCUUUUAGCUGGAAUAAUGGAUGAUCUCGAUCUGUCUAGGUUACCAUUAUCUCUUGAAGACCUCGAUGAUUAUGAUCUUUUUGGCAGUGGAGGAGGAAUGGAACUGGAAAUGGACUUGCAGGAAAACAUGAGCUUUGGUCUUUCGAAGUUCAACUUGUCUGAUGGUAUUGCUGGGAAUGGAAUUCCUCAGUAUGGUCUUCCUAGUAGUGUUGGAACAGUUGCAGGUGAACAUCCAUAUGGUGAGCACCCUUCAAGAACACUAUUUGUCCGAAACAUUAACAGUAAUGUUGAGGAUUCUGAACUCAGGGCUCUGUUUGAGCAAUAUGGUGACAUUAGGACUCUGUACACUGCUUGCAAACAUAGGGGUUUUGUGAUGAUAUCUUAUUAUGACAUCCGUGCUGCUCGAACUGCAAUGCGUGCAUUGCAAAACAAGCCGCUUAGAAGGAGAAAACUCGAUAUUCACUUCUCAAUUCCUAAGGAUAAUCCUUCUGAGAAGGAUGUCAAUCAAGGAACUCUUGUAGCUUUCAAUCUGGAUCCAUCAGUGUCAAAUGAAGACCUGCGUCUGAUUUUUGGUGUCUAUGGGGAGGUUAAAGAGAUCAGGGAAACACCACACAAGAGGCACCAUAAGUUCAUCGAGUUUUAUGAUGUGAGGGCUGCAGAAGCAGCACUUAAGCAGUUAAAUCGAAGUGACAUAGCUGGCAAACGCAUAAAGCUAGAACCAAGUCGCCCUGGCGGUGCUCGUCGAAAUUUGAUGUUGCAACUGAAUCAAGAGCUUGAGCAAGAUGAGCCUCGAAAUUUUCGCCAUCCAGUGGGUUCUCCAGUAACCAACUCCCCUCCAGGUAACUGGCUACAGCUCAACAGUCCAAUAGAACACAACCCUUUGCGGAGUAUCAGUAAAUCACCAGUUUUCAGGAACAUGAGCCCAACUCAUAGUAGUCAUGUCUCUGGGCUGGCUUCAAUUCUUCACCCUCAAGUCUCGAAUUCAAUGAAAGUCGCACCAAUUGGGAGAGAGCAUGGGAGGAGUAGCCUUUCACUACUUGGAUCUGCCUUCCAACAAUCCCAUUCACUACCUGACUCAAAGUUGAGCCAAUUUCAUGCAAGCAUGUCAUCGUUGGGUCCUUCAACAUCAAGCGGAUCUGUUAUGGAAACAUUAUCAGGCCCACAGUUUCUUUGGGGAAGCCAGAACUCUCAUCCGGAGCAGCAUACCAUUUCUUCAUCAGCCUCUUCGGCCUGGCCAAUGCCUUCAUCAACACGGCAUCCUUUUCCAUCCAAUGGGAAGGGACAUGUGUUGCCAUUUUCAGGUCGGCAUGGUUCUUUCCUGGGUCACCAACAACAUCUUCAUCAUCAUGUUGGUUCUGCUCCAUCUGGAGUCCCUCUGGAGAGGCACUUGGGAUUCCAGCCAGAUUCACCAGAGACAUCAUUCAUGAAUCCCGCUGCUUCAUUUGGAGGAUUUGGUAUGGGUCAGAAUGAUCGAAACUUCAUGAUGAAUAUGGGGGGACCACAUCCUCUUAUGAAUGGAGUUAAUAAUAUUUCUAGAACCAUGCCUGACAAUGGUGGUUCUUCAAGUUACAACAGAAUGAUGUCUUCCCCUAGGCUUAGUCCUGUUUUCUUAGGUAGUAGCCCAUAUGCAGCAGGACUUGCAUCCCCUAGCAUGGAUAAUUUUAUUGACCGUGGCAGUAGUAGACGGAUUGAGAGUAAUGGAAGCCAAGUUGAUACCAAGAAGCAGUUUCAGCUUGACUUGGAUAAGAUCAUGAAUGGGGAAGAUUCUCGGACGACACUAAUGAUAAAGAAUAUACCGAAUAAGUACACUUCUAAGAUGCUGCUUGCUGCCAUUGAUGAGAAGCACAGGGGUAGUUAUGAUUUCCUCUACUUGCCCAUUGAUUUCAAGAAUAAAUGCAACGUGGGCUAUGCAUUUAUCAAUAUGUUGUCUCCUUCGCACAUCGUCCCUUUUUACGAGGCGUUCAAUGGUAAGAAGUGGGAGAAGUUCAAUAGUGAGAAAGUUGCUUACUUGGCAUAUGCUAGGAUCCAGGGAAAGGCAGCUCUUGUGAACCAUUUCCAGAACUCGAGUCUUAUGAAUGAAGAUAAACGCUGCCGGCCAAUCCUGUUCCAUUCAGAGGGUCAGGAGUUUGUCGACCAGAUCAUUCAUGAGCAUCUACAGUCAAACAGUUUGAACAUUCAGUUCCGUCAGCCAAAUGGGUUAUAUUCUGAGGACUCUCCAGCUGGAAGUCCUACAGAUGAUUACCCUUUUGAUCAAAGAUGACAAUGAAGGAGGGGGAAGGUGGAUGGGGAUGCCCUUGGCCUGCACUUUAUUGAUGGUAGGACAUGGGGCAGACUAACUGUUUUGCGUGUAUAGUUUUCCAAGUGUACAAAUGUUGGGAGGGAAAUGAUCAUCUGGGGGAAGAAAAAGAGAGGAAAAAAGGAAGUUACUUGCAGGUUUUGUAUAAAGUAUUAGCGGCAGGUUCAGAAGAAGGGUAGCAGAAGCAUUUUGGGAUCCCCUCUUUGUCAACGAAUAAUGGUUCUUCUGUAGAUCAACAAGGAUAAAUGAUGACAGUUGAAGCACUCAAACUUGUCGCUGCUCACCACCAGCUUGUGCAUGGCAUGCUUUGUGUUUCUUUUUUCCCCAUUUACGCCUGCGGCGAAAUUAUGUACUCUGUCUCUGCAAUUAUUCUACAGAAUUGUACAGUGGUCAGACAAACACUAUCUGGGAUUUAAUUUAUGGAGCUCUGUUAUUGGAGACAUAAGUCAGUAGUAUAAUUCUCGACACAGAAAAUGGUUGGAACUUGGAAUAACUCAUCAAAUUCUCAACAGAAAUGGAUCGCACAACACUCGAGGUUAUUUGGCUACAUACAGGUUAUCUUCCCAUUAGUAAUUGGGCACCAACCCUAUCUGCUUUCCCUCCUUAGUUCUGAACUCAAGAUCAAUGAGGAAACAACAUUUAUUUUGCUCUCUAUUAUAUCUCACACGACCAUUCAUCAUAUUGAUCAACUUCCUCGAAAGACCAAGCCCAAGACCUUCCGGAGUUGCCCAUCGUUUCUCGCCUUCGACCAUGUCUUGGACGAGAGCACUAGGCAGGCCGGCACCAGGGUGUGUCAUUCUGAACUGUAAACGGAUGCACUCAUUGCCAUCUUGUAUCAGCUUCAAACCAGGCGCGACCUUGAUCUCUACCCAUCCAUUUGACGAAGGUGUAUGAUGAACAAUGCUCAGCAAGAAAUUUGACAGCACAAGCUGAAGCCUUAUUUGAUCACCAUACAGAGUAAGUGUCUUCGCUUCCUCGGGAACUUCAUGUAGCAGCUGGAUUUGCUUUUCCAUUACAGAGAUCAUGGCUUGGCUAACUAUGGCAUCCAAGACAUUUCCCAGGACGAACUCUUCCACGCAGAGCUCCACUUUGCUGCUUUCAACAGUAAUAAUGAAUUUUAUACGACCAGUAAUACAUUGACGUAGGAGUUAUAUAUAUCAACUGGGCCCUUCAACUAUAAAGUUACGUUUCUACUAUCGAAUACCUUGAACUAAGUUCUUUUAUAUGGUAGUGCCUCAAGUUUUCGACGUUUCCUGCUCAAGUCCCUGGUUAGUAAGUAGUUAAAGUGGAUCUCACCUUGUUGUCUGGGCAAUGGUGGUAGUGGUUUUUCUUCUUUAUUUUUGAUGAACGGACAGCAGGAUAAUUUUAUGUGUUUAUUUUAGGCAGACUAUGCACUUAUUCACUGCCCAAUCAGUAAGGAGGGGAUCCAAAUUAAUGGUCAACUAACAGGAGGCUGAUGGUAAAUACUUGAUUACGAGUGUAAGAAAUGAGGGAAGCACUACUAAAGGAAAAGAAAAUACUUCAGGGACUUUGAUAGAAGACACUCUAGUUGAGGGCUCCAAGUGAUAUAUAACUCCUGAUGUAGACUAUAGAUUCCAAAGAGCAGUAACUUACCCUUGUUCUAGUCUCCCAAGUUCUGCAUCCUUGAUAAUGGCCAUGAUCUGCCUUCCACAUGCAUCACUGGUUUCAAGGAACUGUUUCUGAUAUUCUGAUGUUGCUGUAGUCUCAAGAAGCAUGUGAGUGAAUCGAAUGCCACUCAGUGGAUUCAUCAUUUGCUGUCGUAUGUAAGCCAACUCUGUCAGCUUAUGCUCGUCGUCUUGUCUAUGAACUUCUAUAGGAUGCUGUUCAACCCCAGGAUCCACAAUCUGCAAGAAGCAGAAACAGCCAAUUAUGUCGCCUUGUGCAUUACUCCUUCUGUUGGCUGUUAUGACCACAUCCUUAAAAUUCCCAUCUCUAUCGGAAAACCCAAGUUGAAGCUUCUCAGUGUCUCGACCACUAAUUCCCUUAUAGAGCAGAAUCAUGAACUUGGUCAAACUAUCUUGACCUCUCAGCUGGCAUAGACCUCCAAAGAUCUCACCCGGAAGCACCUUACCUAUGACCUCCUCUCUGCUCCAACCUGUCAGCUUUUGUAUGGCGCUAUUCCACUCGGAACAACAAGCGUUCUCAUCAGAAGCAAAUAUUGGUGGAAUUAAGGGAUUAAGACUAUGAAUGAUCGCCUUGUAAUCCCCUUCUAGGCGAAUGAAUUUCUCUUUAACAAUCUUUUCGUGAGUAAUGUCUUGACCCACAAAGCAAACACCUAUGAUGUUGUUUGUGUAGUCCCUGCUGGUGCAAGCAUUAACCAUUAUGAAUAUGACCGAGUUUUCUUGGUGCGGCCCAAACGUCCUUAGUUUUAACUCCACAUUUUUGUCUUCUUCACCUGCACAGCUUUGGUUAGAAGGCUUUCAAUUUCACCCCUCGAGUCCUCAUGGACAAUAUCAUGAACAAGAGAUUUUCCCAUGGCUUCCUGGGGUUUUAAUCCAGUCAAAUCAGCAACUUUGGCAUUCCAGCCAUUUAUUAAACCAGCAAGAUCUACCCCAAAAAUGGGUGCUGUAGCUGUCUCAAUCAGCCUUACCAUUUCACUUGCCACCGAACUAAUUUCAUUUAUAUCCUCCAUCUCUGUGUCCAUGUUCUUGGAACAAACCAUUACCUUUGCACCGUUAACCUCCAUUUCAUGUAAAGCAUCUCUCAUUAUUAGUUGUAAUGAGUGAAUAGCAUUAAUCUCUGAAACCUCCCAUGGCAAACUUCUGCUUUUCACCACUUCAAGAAAUGCUUUAAACGAUGACCUUGGAUGCAUCUUCCCACCAUCGUCCUUGUCUUCCGGAUGAUGCUUUGCACCUCCCCAUUUCAUCUCUUUUGCAGUGUGAGAUCUGAACCAGAACAAGAAAUCUUGAGAGGUGAUACUAGCAGCGGCCAUGCCACAAACUGCGUCACCAAGAAAACCAGCACCAGGGUAUCCAGCAGCUGCUAAGCUGUCCGUGGUCAACCCUGUGGAAUCACCAUGAUUGUCAAGCAGCCAUUUCACAAUAUCUUUCACCUGUGAUUCCGUUGGAGUUACACCAAGCAACCAACACUUUCCACCAUAAAACAGAGCCGCUCCUUCGCAUCUCACCAGAUCCAUAAUGCUGGGAGACUGUGUGACAAUACCAAGAGGCGCAUCACGGAGAAGCAUAUCACAUAACAAAGUUUGUGUUUUCAGAACCUUCUUUUCCUGCAAUUGUGCAGCCAAUUGAAGCUCCAUGUAGAGCUGCAGGCCAAAUGCCUGCAUUAGAAAUUCACAUGCAUAACGCUGUGGGAAAGGGACAUACCGAGGGGAAGUGUGGUGGCACACAACCAAUCCCCAAAGCUUGGUUGAAUCAUUGCCAUUUAUGGUAACCGACAACACUAAUGAAGCAAUAGAACUCAUAUUGGCCAUGUACUGAGAGUGGCAGCCAUGUGGAGAGCGGAGAGUAGAAUUGGACAACAGCAGAGGCUGCUUCAACUCCUCACUCUGAAUGACCCUAACUUGAUUGGCAUUGCAAUCACAAAUCAUCCGAACCCGAUUCUGCUUGAACAAAAAGCGUGCAGCUUGAGGGAUAUCUGUUGCAGGGUAAUGAAGCCCUAAGUAGGGCUCUAAAUCCUCCCUUCUAAUCUCUGAAACUACCUCCCCAUGCUCAUCAUCGUGGAACUUAUACACCAUAACCCUGUCAAACCCCGUAAGCCUCUGCACAUCCUCCACAACCGUGUCACAUAAGACACCUAUAUCGCCACCAGGUAGUGACUGUAACCUUGAGAUUGCUUGAACAGCAAGUUUUUGAGACUGAACGGCACCAGCCCUCGAGAAUGCAGGAUCACUAGACCUUGCAGGCUCUAGAUCAAUGACAAUCCCAACAUCUACCCUGUGCAGUACAGCAUAGAAGGGCUUGUUUGUAACCCUGGAGUAAACCCAAACAGGGUUUAGAAAAGAAAGCUCUCUGGCAGCAGCAGCACUGGCCAAUGAAGCUCCCGAAGGAGGCGUGAAAAGGGUCCUAGCAUCCGUUCCAAUCAAACCCAUUUCCCCUCUCGACACAAUUUCAGAAGUUGAACCCAAACCCAACAAAUCAAAGCAGUUCUCGCUGUACCCAAUGAUCCCAAAACUCCCCUCUUCGACGGCGAGCAUACAGCCAACCGGCUGAAUGAAACCGCCCCUUUGGAUUUUGGACAGGUAAAUAGCAAUCUGUUCCUCGGGAACAGACUGGGGAGGGAAACGAACUGAUUUAGAGUAGUUAAACGACGAGCUAGACCUACCGGAACGCUCGAAUUCGGCGAGAAGGCCGGCGUCCGCGCUGAACUGGGCAAGGGUUGCUUUCCCCUUCUUGGCAUCGUUGAUCGUCUUCAUGUUGCUCGCCGCCGAUGACGAAGACGCAGCGGGGGAAGCUCCACUCCGUCUUUGCUUGCUGCUGCUUUCGUCUCUGUGAAGUCCCAUGGUGGAGAAUGAUUGAGUGGAAACGAAGCGGGAUUUAUGCUUGCUCUGAUGUAGUGGUGGUGGUAUCUGGAGAGUGUUGGGAGAUAUUUUGGUUUCGCCCUCAAUUCAUGGUGGAGAAGAAGGAGCAGGAGCAGGACGGGUAGCUGGGGCUUUGUCACCAUCAUCAUCGCUUCUCCGUACUUCCUUUUGAU